AUGUCGGAACGCCUGUACGACGGGAGCGAGCAACAACGCCUAUACGAUGGAAGGGGGUCGGAAGAAGAGCAAGGGAACCCACCGCCUUCGAGGCCGACCUUUAGCAGAGGAUCCACGAUGCACAGUCGGAAUCCGCGAGAAAUUGCCGCUGAGAAUGCCGCCAAGAAGAAAUACAGUUUUGCCGCCUUCUUUCUCGUCGUCAGCCUCAUUACGUUCUGCAUUCAGACCGAGCUGAGCGCGUACAUCCAACACGACCUUGGAUGGGGGAAGGCAUACUGUAUGAUGUACUUCACCCACGGAUCAUGGGUCGUCCUGUGGCCCGCGACUGUUGUCGUCCUCAAGCUUCAGAACCGAACGGUCCCAUGGAAGGUGUUUCUGCGGAAGCACUUUGAGUCCCUCAGAGCGACCGCGACCAUGGUGGAGACGAGGUCGUUGGAUGUCCACAAGCCGUCCGUCGCGCACAAGGCGGACCCCUUACGCUACAUGGCGAGGUACACUGCCAUCAUCACCACCGCAUUGACGGUGGCGGGGCUGAGCUGGUAUGUCGCCGUGGCGCUCACGACACCGUCCGAUCUCACGGCUAUAUACAACUGCUCGGCGUUCUUCGCCUAUGUGUUCUCGGUGCCCCUGUUGAAGGAACCGUUGAGGCUCGACAAGUCAGUGGCUGUGAUCAUUGCCAUCGGUGGUGUUCUAGUGGUGGCAUACGGUGACAGCAAGGGCUCGACGGGUGAGGAUGGUAAAGUUGACACCACAGCCGGUGGUCGUUUCAUUGGAAAUAUCGUGAUUGGCAUAGGUUCGGUCUUGUACGGCUUGUACGAGGUACUGUACAAGCGCUACGCCUGCCCUCCGGAGGGUUGCUCUCCUGGGCGAGGAGUCGUCUUUGCCACCACGUUUGGGUCGCUCAUCGGCAUUUUCACCCUCCUUGUUCUCUGGAUUCCAUUGCCUAUUCUCCAUUGGCUGGAUAUUGAACGUUUUGAGCUCCCCGACGCCCGCACUGGCUGGCUCGUGCUGUGCGCCGUUCUCGCCAAUGCCACCUUCAGCGGCUCCUUUCUGGUCCUGAUCUCGCUCACUUCACCCGUCCUAUCAUCGGUCGCUGCCCUGCUCACCAUCUUCCUGGUGGCCAUUGUUGACUGGUUCAUCACGGGCGAACCUUUGAGCUGGGCAGCCAUCAUCGGUGGCACCAUGAUCAUCGUGGCAUUCGUGGGUUUGAGCUGGAGUACAUAUCGUGAGAUGAAGGAACAUGAAGCGCAGAAGCUCAGCGUCGAUUUAUCGGACAGUGACCUCGAGGACGGCGAAGACUCAUAG